AUGCUGGGCACUUUGGUAGAGUUAAAUUAUAAUGAUGAUGCCAGAGAAUCAGCUGAUUACAUUAUUAAUACACAAGCAUAUUUAAAAAUCAUCCUCCAUGCUUGUAAAUAUCCGACUAGAACAGUAAAUGGUAUUCUUUUAGCGCAAAAACCUAAUGAAAAUGAUUCAUCUAAUCAAAUAACGAUUUCCGAUGUCGUGCCAUUAUUUCAUAAUUGGCAUACUCUAACUCCAAUGUUAGAAGUGGGUUUGCAACAGAUUGACAUUUACGCAAAUCAAAACAAAUUGAACGUGGUGGGAUAUUAUCACGCUAAUGAGAGGAUAGAUGAUAAUAAAUUACCGCCGUUUGGACAGAAAAUUGCAUCGAAAAUUUUAGAAAAGUUUAAUAACGCAAUUGCCCUUGUCGUUCAAAAUACAAAAUUAUCACCGGAGAAACCCGAAAUCGCAAUUGUGGUAAUUAUUCACCCAGAUGAAUGA